AAUUUUUGUUCUCAGAAUUUCUGGAAAUAUGAUGGCUGCAGCGCAACAACACAGGAAAAAGAGAUCCCUGGCAAUCAGAAAAACGGAUGCUAUGAAUCACGCAGAAAGACAAAAUGGAACAGUUUUGGACCAAAUUUGGAUGCAAGGCGAUCCCUCCUCGUUUUUGAAUCUAUCAACAUCAGAAAAUCAAACAAAAUCAGAAAAUCAUCAAAAUUUGGCGGUAAUUGAAGAAGAUGAAAAUUUGAAUUAUUUAGAGAAGGAUCCAUUAAUUGAAAAAAGCGAUGGAGAUAAAACUUUAAAAAUAAAACAAAAACCAGAAGAGAGGGAAAAUGAGAGGAUCCCCCAACAACCGUCGGAAUUUAGGGAAGAGGAAAAUUCUGUUGUUUUGAGGUAA